UUUUAUAUACCAUAGAUGGCACAAGACUCCCACACCAUAAUUGUUUCCUUCACUGUACUCCACUUCAGCUAGACCACAUCCAUCUUCCUCUUCCUCCUCUUGUUAAUUAACUCAUUCAUUUGCGCCUUUUUGCCCUUCAUUCAAGCGAUCGAUGAAGAAGAUUGUGCUAAAUUUGGACAUAAACGACGCGAAGGAGAAGCAAAAGGCCAUGAAGGUCGUCUCGUCCCUCCCAGGCAAAUCUCCCUCUCCUUCUUCUCCCCCUUCCAAUUUGACUUAUACUAAUUGCACCGUACGUGGUUCACUCGAUCGGGCAGGAAUCGAUUCGAUAGGAAUCGAUGUGAAUGAAAAGAAAAUGACAGUGGUCGGGUCGGUGGAUCCCGUUAGCCUCGUGAUGAAGCUGAGAAAAUCUCGGCACACCGACAUCCUCUCCGUCGGCCCCGCAAAGGACGAGGAGGAGAAGGAGGAAGAGGAAGCAAUCGAGGUGGAAGUAAAAGAAGAAAAGCAAGAGGAGGAGGCUAAGAAAGAGGUGCCCGACGAUGAUCAGCAAAUGGCAGCAGUGGAGCUUGUGAAUCCAUACAAAAUCUACUACAAUCCGUACGAUGCCGCACAGUUUUACUAUGUGCAAAGUGCUCAAGACAAUCCAAAUUUUUGCACCAUCUUGUGAACAUGAUCAUUAGUUUAAUCAGAGGUGCUAAUUAAACUGUCUUUUGGCACACGAAUAAGCUAAGGGUUUGGAAGGUAGGGACUGUUCAUUCUUUUUCAAGGCUGGAAAGUGUUGGUGCA